GGUCUGGGGGGUCGUGAGGGGCUUUGAGGGGCCGUGAGGGGCUUUGAUGGCCCGUGAGGAGCUGUGAGGUGUCCAGAAGGGGUUUGAAAGCUCACAGGGGCUUUUAGGGGUCAUAAGGGGCUUUGAGUGAUCCUGAGGGGGGUCUCGGGGGCCGCCGCGAUGGUGGAGAAGGACGAGUCCAGCCCCGGCGGCAUCAGCGAGGAGGAGGCGGCUCAGUACGACCGGCAGAUCCGGCUCUGGGGGCUCGAGGCCCAGAAACGGUUACGGGCGUCGCGGGUGCUGCUGGUGGGGCUGCGUGGGCUGGGGGCCGAGGUGGCCAAAAAUCUCAUCCUGGCCGGGGUCAGGGGCCUCACCCUGCUGGACCACCAACAGGUGUCCCCCGAGGACAGCCGGGCCCAGUUCCUGAUCCCCGCGGGCUCCCUGGGCCGGAACCGCGCCGAGGCGUCGCUGGAGCGGGCGCAGAGCCUCAACCCCAUGGUGGAGGUCAAGGCCGACCCCGAGAGCGUGGAGAGCAAACCCCACGAGUUCUUCACCCAGUUCGACGCGGUGUGCCUCACCUGCUGCUCCAAGGAGUCCAUGGUGAGGAUCAACCAGAUCUGCCACAAGAACGGCAUCAAGUUCUUCACCGGCGACGUCUUCGGCUACCACGGCUACAUGUUCGCCGACCUGGGCGAGCACGAGUUCGUGGAGGAGAAGCCCAAGGUGGCCAAGGUGAGCCGGGGGGUGGAGGAUGGACCCGAGGCCAAACGGGCCCGGCUGGAGCCGCCCGAGACCACCAUGGUCAAAAAGCGGCUGCAGUUCUGCGCGCUGCGCGAGGCGCUGGCGGCGCGGGGCCGGCCGGAGGAGGCGGCGCAGCGCAGGACGGCGCCCGACUACUUCCUGCUGCACGUGCUGUUGCAGUUCAGGACCGAGGCUGGCCGUGACCCGUGUCCCCGCAGUGCCGCCGAGGACUCGCAGCGCCUGCUGCGCCUGCGCCGGGAGGUGCUGGAGGCGCUGGGCGUGGGGCCGCAGCUGCUGCCGGAGCACUUCCACAGCUUCUGCUUCUCGGAGAUGGCGCCGGUGUGCGCCGUGGUCGGGGGCGUGCUGGGCCAGGAGGUGGUCAAGGCUCUGUCCCAGCGGGACCCCCCCCACAACAAUUUCUUCUUCUUCGACGGCGUCCGGGGCCAGGGGAUGGUGGAGUGCCUGGGGACCCCCCCAAAUGAGGGACCCCCGAAUUGGGGAGGGGUCCUGAAACCCCCAAAAGGGGCACCCCCAAAUCCUGGAGUGCCUGGGACCCCCCCAAAUGAGGGACCCCCGAAUUGGGGAAGGGUCCUGAACCCCCCUCGAGGGGCACCCCAAAUCCUGGAGUGCCUGGGACCCCCCAAAUGA